GGAAGUGACGUUGGGGAAGGUGGGGGUAAUCAUGGUGCCGCUAGGGAGGGGAGAAGCUGCCGCCGCCGCCGUUGCCGGGAGCCGCGGAGAAAGGCCAUUACCUUUCCAUUUCUCACAAUUGGGCUGAGCACAGCUGAACCAUGGGAGAACACAGUCCAGACGACAGUAUCAUCUUCUUUAAGGGAGAGGAAGAUGAUCUAAACCCAGAUGACAAGAUGCUCAGGUUUGUGGAUGACAACGGACUGGUGCCUUCCUCAUCUGGAACUGUUUAUGAUAGGACCACUGUUCUUAUAGAGCAGGACCCUGGCACUUUGGAGGAUGAAGAUGACGAUGGACAGUGUGGAGAACAUCUGUCCUUUCUAGAAGAGGGCGAUGAGGGCUUCCUAAUAGAUCAGGAAGCGAUGUCCCAGGGUUAUGUGCAACACAUCAUCUCUCCGGAUCAGAUUCAUUUGACUAUAAACCCUGGUUCCACGCCCAUGCCAAGAAAUAUUGAAGGUGCAACCCUUACUUUGCAGUCGGAAUGUCCAGAAACAAAACGUAAAGAAGUAAAGCGGUACCAGUGCACCUUUGAGGGCUGCCCCCGCACAUACAGCACAGCUGGCAACCUACGCACGCACCAGAAGACUCACCGAGGAGAGUACACCUUCGUCUGUAAUCAGGAGGGCUGUGGCAAGGCCUUCCUUACCUCCUACAGCCUCAGGAUCCAUGUGCGAGUGCACACGAAGGAGAAGCCAUUUGAGUGUGAUGUGCAGGGCUGUGAGAAGGCGUUCAACACACUGUACAGGUUGAAAGCACAUCAAAGGCUUCACACAGGGAAAACGUUUAACUGUGAAUCUCAAGGCUGCAGCAAAUACUUCACCACACUCAGUGAUCUACGGAAGCACAUUAGAACCCAUACAGGAGAAAAGCCAUUUCGAUGUGAUCAUGAUGGCUGUGGGAAAGCAUUUGCAGCAAGCCACCACCUUAAAACUCACGUCCGUACACAUACUGGUGAGAGACCCUUCUUCUGUCCCAGUAAUGGCUGUGAGAAAACUUUCAGCACUCAGUACAGUCUUAAAAGUCACAUGAAAGGCCACGAUAACAAAGGAAACGCACUCAGUGCACUUCCACAACACAACGGAUCAGAGGAUACAAAUCACUCACUUUAUCUGAGUGAGCUUGGCCUUCUGUCCACGGACUCUGAAUUGCAAGAAAAUUCCAAUACAACACAGGACCAGGACCUCAGCACAAUUUCACCAGCAAUCAUCUUUGAAUCAAUGUUCCAGAAUUCAGACGAUACUGCAAUUCAGGAAGAUCCGCUGCAGACAGCUGCCUUGAUUGAAAGUUUUAAUGGUGAUGCAGAGUCAGUCAGUGAUGUUCCGCCACCUGCAGGAAAUUCGGCGUCUUUAUCUCUUCCACUUGUACUGCAGCCUGGCAUCUCAGAGCCACCCCAGCCUCUGCUACCAGCUUCAGCCCCGUCCGCUCCUCUUCCUGCUCCCUCUCUAGGACCUGGUCCCCAGCCAUCUGCGUUUGGCAGCCCCCCUGCUCUCUUACAACCUCCAGAAGUGCCUGUUCCCCACAGCACGCAGUUCGCUGCUCAUCACCAAGAGUUUCUUCCGCACCCCCAGGCACCCCAGACCAUCGUACCAGGACUUUCCGUUGUUUCUGGGGCUCCUACAUCAGCUGUGGCAGCACCAGUCCCACCACCAAGUACUACUGAGCCCCUGCCUGCCAUGGUCCAGACUCUACCCCUGGGUGCCAACUCUGUCCUAACUAAUAAUCCCACUAUAACCAUCACCCCAACUCCCAACACGGCUAUCCUGCAGUCCAGCCUAGUCAUGGGAGAACAGAACUUACAGUGGAUAUUAAAUGGUGCCACAAGUUCACCACAAAACCAAGAACAAAUUCAGCAAGCAUCUAAAGUGGAGCAGGUGUAUUUCACCACUGCAGUGCCAGUAGCCAGUAGCACAGGGAGCUCUGUCCAGCAGAUUGGCCUCAGUGUUCCUGUGAUCAUCAUCAAACAAGAGGAGGCUUGUCAGUGUCAGUGUGCGUGCCGGGACUCUGCAAAGGAGCGGACGUCCAGUCGGAGAAAGGGCUGUUCUUCCCCACCCCCUCCAGAGCUGAAUCCCCAGCCUCCUGAUGGGCCCAGCCUGCACCUGCCACCCUAGACUUCUCCCUCACCCCUAUCCUGUCAUCAUCCUUCACUGGACCCUCUUUCUGUGAGCAGAGCAGAUAGGCCAAGGCUCCCCAGAUCCUGAGAAACGAUAAGUGCCAUGGAUGUGUCAGAGUUCCUGUCCCUCCAGAGCCUGGACACCCACGUCCCAUCCAGUUCACAGUGAAGCACUACUGCAGGGGAGGAGGAGACAGGCCUGACCAGCAGCUUCUCCAGGGGAAGGGCCUAUGUGCACUCACCUCCAGGAAGAGGGUGAGCAGGAAGCACCGGGUGUGAUGCUGCCAUCAUGGGUCAGAAAUUGGAAGGAUGAAGAAAUCUGCUGUCUGAAAGCCUCACCUUUCAGACCUAUUUUCUUUAUUCACAUCCCAGGAACAUCCAUUUUAGGGAACUGAUCUUUGGAGGAAAAAACAAACAAACAAACAAAAAAAGCUAAGUUAUAAGUGAACUGUUUGGCUGCACUGUAUGUCACUUUUGCUUAUUGUUAUGUGAACUUGGAAAUUAAGGUUACUCGUAUGCAUAAAAGUUCUAAAUGAAAGGGUGUGGUUUCCGUCAAUUUGGUACUGCCCAUCAUUUGCACUGGGGUCAUUGUGGAUUGGGCAGCAGGUUCAGUGUGUUGGGUGUUGCCCCUUCGUGUCUUUUUGAAUCUGAGGCAGAUACUUGUCUGGAAGGCCAGACACUGGGUAGUGGCAAGGGAGGUGAGAGUUGAUUGGACAGGGUUUGGGUGAGAUGACUUUGUUGUUGGUGCUUUGUGUCAGUGAAGCUUGGAGUGGAUGCCAAGGGAGUUGUCCUGCAGCACACUCAAUAUAAAUGGGCAGCUUUAGCCUUGUCCUCCUGGCCGUGGCGAAUGACACGGUUCUGCAAGGCUCUGGGGCAAAUUGUUGGCAGCUCUCUGUCAAUGCUGUGUUUGCAGAGCAAGCUGUAGCAAUGCCACCAGUCUUUUGCCCUCCUGGUUCUUUCCGUCUCAGUUGUUUGCCAGGGCUUGCCGUUCUCAGUGCAUCUUUCCUGGGGAGCACCCCAGUUUUAGCCUAAAGAACACAAAGCUUGUGGCCAGUGACUGCCAGGGUUUCUCUCUUUUGAUGGCAUCUGCUUCUCAGCAGAAGGCUGCAAUCCGCUUCUGAGACGGUGUAGGCCAGAGGAGUUUGGGUGAGCUAGCAGCUGGGUCCAGGCAUUCUGGUGCCCCUUCUGGCCAGGCUUUUGGUUGCCCUCUCCCAUCUCCACCCCUCACUUCUGGAUUUUGCAUACAGCCUCAUACAGUGCAAAUAAGGAUGUGAUUUGGUCAGCUUAGUCAUGUGAUUUUUCAAAAAACACAAAAUGGUGAUCUUCUACUCAGGGUAAAACAAAAAAAAAUUCCCCUUCCACCAAAAAGCCUGAAAUGUUGCAAUAAGUUAUCUCAUUUGGAAUAUUUCUUUAAGUUGUGUUGUAGGAAGUUUUUUUUUUUUUUUUCCUUGAUUUGUGUAUAGACCUGUGUCCAUCUGCCUGCCUUUGGCUCCAAGCUGCCUCCAGACAUAAAUACAUGAAUGGAAGUUGCUAUCCUUUGGCUGUUUAAUGUAGUCAUGAGUGCUUGGCAAGAUCAGAAGCUAGUUGUGGCCUGGGGUGUGGAGUAGGCCUCUGCCUCCUGCAAGCAGGGUUGGGUCCUCAAUCAAGGCAGCCAGAGAUCUUCGUUGGUUGCACUCCUGCUGUCUGAGCCAUUCCUCAGAGGUAGCCAAGAUAGUAGCCCCGGAAAAGGCCCCACCUUUAGAGAAGAUGCUCAGGGACAGUUGGAUUAGAGGGUAGUGGUGGCAUUGCUGUCCCUGCCAUGAGGAGAAAUGGGCUCAGGGACAAGCAGUUGAUUUUUUUGUUCCUGGAGUUGGCCAGGAGAAUGGGUUUCUUUUUGACCUUCUACAUUUCCCUCCCCCAAAAGGCUGGUCAUUGGCCUUGGCAGAAGUCAGUAAGGUAGGAAGAAUUCUGUUACCACAGUGGUUAAUCUUCCUGGGAAACCAGCUGCUGGGCACAGGUUGUCCUUGGUUCUGUCCAGGCCUUGCACUCGCUGUUUUCUUUACAACCUCUGAGAAGAGCAGUGGACAGGACUCCCAAAAUAAGCUUGCAUCAGAGGGUAGUAAUGACCUUCCUUCUGCCUCUCAUGACCUGGGAUUCUGGUUCCCUGGAAAUAGGAGCCCAGGGAAGAUGUGUGGAAUGUUUAAAUGGUUUAAAUAUUGUUUCUUGGUUAGCUAGGGCUGUGCUCUUAAUGGUCCCUUCCUGGGUCAUUGGCUUUUCCCUCUCCACAGAUUGGGGGGUGGUAAAGAAGCGUUUUAAACUGUUUAGGCUAAAAUUUUUCUAGAUGGAAGAAGUUGAAGUAUUUGCCUUUGUGAGUUCACGCUACAAGAGAGACUAUCAAUCCAAUUAGCUUUUGGAAAGUGAGGAAUGUGCUUCAAAUGAGAGUGGUUGUGCAAAGUUAGGUGUAUUCCACAGGGUAGGGAGACUCUUCUGCCAUGCUCUGUCAGCUCCUUCCCUCCCAUCCUCCUCUCACAAGUCUGGCCUCUAGUGCCAAGGACGUUGGAGAAGAGGGAGCCCCUGGCUAAAUUGGAGUCUUCAUGGGACAGUGGUUUCCCAAGGAAAUGAGGGUAAGGGUGAAUUCUAGCAAGUGGUCUUAAGCCUUCUUCCUAUGGCUACCUUAACUGUUGUCACUCUAUAGACCUGUACUUGGGCGGCUCCCAUUAGCAUCAGUUUAGCCUCUUCCAAGAAGCUAGUCAGUAACAAGGAGUGGAGCUCACGGGCUUAGGAAGUGGUAAGGCAACUUGCCUUUCCCAGGCAGGUGGGAGAGCAUUGAGGGAAAGUAGCCCAGUAGUCCUUGACAGGGUCUGGCCAGUCUCAUGGGGGCAUCACUAGUUUGGUGGUAGAAGUGUCAUUUAUUGAAUCUCAACCCCCUUUAGUAGAUCAUAGUUCAAUACCCAGGAAAGACCCUGAAUUACAAAGACUUCUCUGGGUAGAAUGCCAGGGGCUAUUCUUCCCUUCUAGGAGAGUCAAUAGAUGGGAGAGGGUUAUUUUCAGGUCAAGGCAGUGGACUGAUGGAUGAUGGAAGGUAGAUGGGUUUCCUGAAGCUUUGUAUGAUGCUGAAUGUGUCCAGAGGGACAAAUUUGCAGAACCUCAUAUGGUAUAUUAAAGAAAUAAUAAAAUAAAAAGCACUUUAGGUUACUUUAUCUUUAACCCAAUUGCUGCAAUUUCUGUUGUGUUUGUGUGUGUGUGUGUGUGUGUGUAUACACUUUCUACAAAGUUUUAUUUUUUGCUCAGAAUAAAAAGUUAAAUUGAGGUGUGAAAAGAAGCACUUGUUUUGGUGCAAUACGUGGGUAGCUUGACAGUCGUUGUCCCAUGUGGCCCUGGCCUGGCCGUUUUUCUGCUCCAUCAGCACUGUGCUGAAGUUGACCAUAGGGAAACACUAUUGUGCAUUCUCCGCAGCUGCUCAAUCUAUGCAAGCCUUCCCUGUGUGCCCCGGGCGCCCCCUCAGGCUCCCGGAGGAACUGCUGCAGCUGUUUUCUUCUGUUGAGGCCCCUUUUCACCUCUUGGUCCCUUGCCAUCUUUCCCCUCUUCACCACGACAAAAUAAUUCCCUAAAGGAACAGGUUGUUCUAGGUAGAAACCUGGCACCUUCUAGACUUUCAUAUUUGUGAUCACAUCUCUUGAACAUAAAGAAUUCUCCAAUAUCACCAAAACCAUGGAUUUAUGCAACGGCACCCACUAUUGUUCAUGAGUUCACAAUUUUCUUACAUCACCAAUCAGAAAUAUGUUGGGAGGCAAACUCAAGCCAUUUCUGUACUGCUUUCACACCACCUGUGUUAGUUCUAAGCAAAAAGACUUCCAGGCUUCAUGAAUCCAGUAACAAAGCCGACAAUAAUCUGCUUUACCAACGUUCUUCUCCCUCACUGGCUCCCACUUGAUCAUCAGUUCCCAGGCUGUAGACUAGAGGCAUUUUAAAUAUUCUGUAGCCAAAGCAAAAAGAUGUUCACAGAUGUAGUAUGCAAGUGGUUCUUUCCACUGUGACACAGAUGGGCGAUGUCCGUCCAUUCCUAAACAUUUGGGAUAGGGGGUGGUCAGCAACAAAACCAAAUGAUGCCUGUUUCUGAUUGGUCAGUCUCUGGCUCAUUUCUAGCAUAUUCUUGGCAAAGAGAGAAGGGUCCUGUUUCUCAUCAGCCUGGGCAUUUCUCACUGUUACUCCCAGCGGAGAGAGGGCUUCUCAGUCUGCACUCAAAAUGCAAGUUAAACUGGAUCUGUUAAGGUGUGUACAGUACAAGCUUUUUUACUGGAAGUGAAGCUUCGAACCAUACACUGCUCCUUUGGUGGUGU